GUUCCUUAACAUGUUAGAUAUUAUAGCACAAACACACUGUAGUUUCAAGGGAACAUAGUUUACUAUUUAAGUGAGAAUGUAAUGAACUUAGAAAUGAUCCAUGUUAUAUUGAUUUAUAAUAUAGAUAUUCCCAGCAGCUUGGAGAUACAUGUGACAUGCCAACAAAAUCCUCAAACAACGAUCCCCACAUCUACAGAGGACAUAACAUCAACUACGAUCAAAGCAAGGGAGACAACCACACCUACUCAGUCACAAGACAGGACUACAACUAUUCAAUCAAGGGAGUCAACCACACCUACUCAGUCACUAGGCACGACUACAGCCAUUCGAUCAAGGGAGACAACCACUAUCAAUAUCUCGGGAUACAGCACACAGGGACAGGAAGUGUGUCAACAACAAGGCUAUACAUUAAGUGCUGUUGUGGUGCCGUUAGUUGUAACGAUACUGCUGAUAGCUGUUACCGUGGUAGGCCAUGUCAUCCUCUAUAGAAGACGACUUGGCCUUAUUAAACAGCCGGAAUGUUCCGAAGCAGUUACCUCACAGCAUGCUACUUACGACAGCCUUGACCUUUCUAAAGUGGAACCUCCCAACGUGUACGCGGACACAUCGACUGGACAGGUAUAUGUCAAUACCGCAAUAGAAUCGUGAUGUAUCCAUGGCAACUACAGUUUUAUUUUUACAAAGAGCUAUCCACAUCAGAGGAACCGCCAAUGAUAAUACGAAUUCCUACAAACAUGUACAUUGUACUAUAAAACUGCAAAGGUAGAUUGUUUUCAAUUAUUAUCAGAUUUGAAUCAAAAGAAUUAUCAUUUUGCACAAAUCAUGAGACAUAUCACACAAUUGAAAAAAACAGGAUUCAGGCUGUUACUCAGCCCCUAUAUCCAUAUCUCUAUAUAUUCUAUCGUAUUUAGAAAUCAUUGUCUUUUCCUGAUAUUUUUGUUGCGACUAAAUUUUUGUAUUUCAACUCGAGUAUAAAGAUUAAUUACAAAGUUCUUAAUUGUUGGCGAUGUAAGAAUAUAUAUAUCCAUAUUCGACAACCUUAAAGCUAAAUCAGUAUUUCUGAAUAUCAUGAUUUCUAUUCUUGAUUUUUUUUGUGUGUAUCAACUUGUUCUUGCUCCAAGAUUAGUUUGUCACUUAACUUCCUCUAUUGAUUUUUAGUUUGAUUAUAUUGUGUUUUAGAGCGAUUUUAUUAUAUCCUCCAUAAUUGCAAGGAACAUUGAAUUAUUGUACAUGUAAUAAUAUAAUAGGAAGUAUUUUUUUACUUCCGCGAACAGAUACCUUAAGUUGAUGACCUCAAUUUUCUUAUCAACAAUUAAAACAAAAUGUUAAGGAAUUGAUGUAUUAAAGCUUAUCAUUCAACGUCGCUGGGAAAUCACCAGUAAACUUAUUCACAUGUAAUUAUAAACAUGCUUCUUCCGACAGCGGUGAUGAACAGUAACAAUGAUAUUCCAGUCGGGUAGACUACUUAAACAGGAAUAUAUGUCAGGUUCUAUAUCAUAACGAACAGGUGACAAAGGCUCUGAAGAAACAGGUAUGCAUUAUCAAAUUCACUGAACAAUAGGGUUUAGUCCAUCCAGAUUCUAUACUAUUACAGUUGUUUAGAGAGUUUGGUCAUCCUAACAGAUUACCAAAUCUUUGACCAUUCAUAUCACUGUUAUACUCGGAUGUAUGAUGCAGAUUUAUUCCUCAUUCGGCAUCUUCCUGUGUCUAUUAAUUUUUCCAUUUCUUGAUAGCAACAUCUUUAGCUGGCUCUUCUACCGAACUUGUUUACAUGUCCCAUUUCCAUUACCAUGAUUUCCGUGACUAAAAACGGGAAAGUGACAGGAGUUGACACACAUUUGCAUUAGGGGGUGUCAUCAAUGAGGGAAAAACGGGUUUUGAAACACCUGGUCUGAUUCUUUGUUUUAUUUGUAUUUUGCUUGUUUUGGGUUUUUUUAGUUUAGAAUGGCGGUAACGUUUUUUUAAAAUGUCGCUCAUUUGUUCCUUCCUUACUGCAUCAUUAUCAGUUAUAACGAUAUCAUAGUUAUCACUGAGUUCUUAUCACCAAUACCUUUAUCUUAAAAAUAUUCCCUUCAGCAGCGAUAAUUUCCAGAUUCUAUAAUAGAAGACAAAAUAUCAUGUUGUUUAUCAUAGAUUUUUAUCAAUCCCUACACAUAUGAUAACCUUUUUUGUUACCUCGUGUUAAGAGGUUAUUUUUAAUUUUCUGUAGCAGUGCAAGCGCGAUAAGUAUUCAUUUUCAUAUCAAGUAUUCAAAUGGUGUUUGUUCAAUUAUCUGAUAAGCAGAAUACUGACAUGCAAAGGAAACCGAAACUUUGAACUCAAAGUCUAUUAAACGAGGAAUGACUACGAAUGGAGUUUAUAUUUAUACAUUAUAAAGCGUAAAAGGAGAAUACGACACGGAGUUCCGAAAGGCUAAGCGUCUCCUGCUCAUGGACGAUAUCCGUCAUGUUAAUCUAGGAAAACAACAGGUCAUCUUAUGUUCUCAAAAUGAGGACCGUGGCAGAGGACACUACAGACAGUGACUAUAUUUCCUUUUGUGAAGCUCCCAAUAUUUAAGCCGAGGUUGAGCAAAAUACUCCUAUAGAAUUAUCUGUUUAUUAUAGCCUUAUAUGCAUCAAAAUGUCGUUUUACUCAGAAAUUCACUGUGAUGU